AAGGAAACUUCGAAAUACGGUAUCACACGGGGAUACACUACCAUACGUUGAACUUGUGUAUUAUGAUGUCAAGAAAUUAUCAACUUUAACGUUUGUUGCCCUUGACAGAAACUUCAUGCAAAUAGGGGGUUUAACGCCUGCUAAAUCAAGCAGUGAACUAGACAAAGUCCAGGUGCCAUCCCCACAUAUCAAACCGGAGGUCACUGUUGGCCCCAAAGCUUCUGCCUUGGCCUUGUUUACCCUCUUCCACACAAACAAUAUCAGCUGCCAACACACGUCUAUGGCAAAGUACGGAUCCAAUUUGAAAGACUUCAAACUGAUAUAUCCAAGUGGUACUGGAACUGCUCAUCUUGUCAACAGCUUGCACAGCCCUGAAGGAACCAAGCUACCAAAGUAAUAUCAUUGUCACAGUUACACUUGCCUUUUUUAUGGUAGAACCAUUACACCUUCUAAUUGGAUAAAUUCUCAAAUCUUCAGUACUCUAAGUUGUAUUACUUUUCCAGGAAGCAAGAGAUGAAAACACUGAGCAAGCUCUUUUCUUUUAGCUUCUUGUGGGGUUUUCUUGUGGGGUUUCUUUCAAUGGCUUUUUAAUGGCGGAGAUGAUUGUGGAUUUGAAAGCUUCCUAACAUUUGGGCUGAAAGCAUAUAAAAACAUGUAAAAUCA